GGAUGUGUUGGCUGCGGCCCGGGAGGCAGCGGUUGGGCUGAACCCAACUGGCGGCGUGGGUGGAGGAACCGGGAAGGCGAGUGCGCUGCAGACCCCUGGGCUCCCGCCUGUGGCUUGUAGAGCUGCCGCCUUCUUUCCUCUCCUACUCCCCCGGAGCUGCGGGGAAGCAUGGAUCCGUACCGGCCACGGCUGCACCCACCGGCGCAGGGCUCGGCCGUCGGGGCUGCCUAUCCCUCCUCCGCCUCGUUCCGCAGCUGCCGGGACAGCAAGAUGCCGCGCAGGAAGGGCCCCCAGCACCCUCCGCCGCCCGGAGGCCCCGGGGAGCCUGGAGAGAAACGCCCUAAGUUUCAUUUAAAUAUUAGGACACUGACGGAUGAUAUGCUGGACAGAUUUGCCAGCAUAAGAAUUCCAGGGACCAAGAAAGAAAGGACUCCACUUUCCAACCUGAAGACUGCAUUUUCAAGCAAUGAUUGCUCUUCAGAGAUGAAUGAAAACAUUCCAAAGCCACUGUCAGAGAAGGAACUCUUAGAGCUUUUUGAAAAGAUGAUGGAAGAUAUGAAUUUAAAUGAAGAUAAAAAGGCACCAUUGCGGGAAAAGGACUUCAGUAUCAAAAAAGAAAUGGUGAUGCAGUACAUUAAUACUGCUUCCAAGACAGGAAGUGUUAAGAGUAGUCGACAGAUCUCACCUCAGGAAUUCAUCCAUGAACUGAAGAUGGAGUCUGCAGAUGAGAGGCUCUUCACGUGCCUGGAGUCCCUCCGUGUGUCUUUGACAAGUAAUCCCGUGAGUUGGGUGGAGAGCUUUGGACAUGAGGGGCUUGGAUUAUUACUGGACAUUUUGGAAAAGCUGAUUAGUGGCAGAAUACAAGAAAAAAUUAUAAAGAAGAAUCAGCACAAAGUCAUACAGUGUCUAAAGGCCUUGAUGAACACCCAGUAUGGCUUGGAAAGAAUUAUGAGUGAAGAGAGGAGUCUUUCUUUGUUAGCCAGAGCCAUUGAUCCUGAGAAGCCCAGUAUGAUGACGGAUGUGGUUAAACUCCUUUCUGCAGUGUGCAUCGUAGGGGAGGAAAGCAUCCUUGAAGAAGUUUUAGAAGCUUUAACAUCAGCUGGAGAAGAAAGAAAGAUUGACAGAUUUUCUUCUAUUGUGGAAGGUCUUCGGCACAAUUCAGUUCAAUUGCAAGUAGCAUGUAUGCAGCUUAUCAAUGCCCUUGUUACAUCUCCUGAUGAUUUGGACUUCAGGCUUCACAUCAGAAAUGAAUUUAUGCGUUGUGGAUUGAAAGAGAUAUUGCCAAAUUUAAAACGUAUUAAGAAUGAUGGCCUGGAUAUCCAACUUAAAGUCUUUGACGAGCAUAAGGAAGAAGAUUUGAUUGAGUUCUUCCAUCGUCUCGAAGAUAUUAGAGCUGAACUUGAUGAAGUGAAUGAUCUUCACAACAUGGUGUGGAACACAGUUAAGGAAACCAGAGCCGAGGGAUAUUUCAUUUCAAUUCUGCAGCAUCUUUUGCUGAUUCGAAAUGAUUAUUUUAUAAGGCAACAGUACUUCAAAUUAAUUGAUGAGUGUGUAUCCCAGAUUGUACUGCAUAGAGAUGGGAUGGAUCCAGACUUCACAUAUCGAAAAAGACUAGACUUAGAUUUAAGUCAGUUUGUUGAUAUUUGCAUAGAUCAGGUGAAACUAGAAGAGUUUGAAGAGAAAGCAUCAGAACUUAACAAGAAAUUUGAAAAAGAGUUUACGGACCACCAACAAACUCAGGCUCAAUUACAGAAAAAAGAGGCAAAGAUUAACGAGCUUCAAGCAGAGUUACAAGCUUUUAAAUCACAGUUUGGUGCCUUGCCACCUGGUACCUAUUUGCCUUCUUCAAAAGAAAAUGGAACUGGCCACGCAGCACUUCCUCCACCGCCGCCACUGUCCUCUUGUGGAGGCUUGCCCCCUCCACCCCCACCUGCACCCCCUCCCCUUCCAGGAAUGCCCAUGCCAUUUGGUGGUGGUCCUGUGCCUCCACCACCUCCCCUGGGAUUUCUCAGUGGACGAACCUCUCCCCCACCACCAACCCUGCCUUUUGGGUUAAAACCAAAGAAAGAAUUUAAACCGGAGACCAGCAUGAGAAGAUUGAAUUGGUUAAAGAUCAGACCUCAGGAAAUGACAGAAGACUGUUUCUGGGUAAAAGCAAAUGAAAAUAAGUAUGAAAAUGUGGAUUUGCUGUGUAAACUUGAGAAUACGUUUUGUUGCCAACCAAAAGCGAGAAGAGAAGAGGAAGAUUUUGAAGAGAAGAAAGCUAUUAAGAAAAGAAUUAAAGAACUUAAAUUUCUAGAUUCUAAAGUUGCCCAGAACCUUUCAAUCUUCCUGAGUUCUUUUCGGGUGCCAUAUGAGGAAAUCAAAAUGAUGAUACUGGAAGUGGAUGAAACACAGUUGGCAGAGUCUAUGAUUCAGAACUUAAUGAAGCAUCUUCCUGAUCAAGAACAGUUAAAUUCACUGUCUCAGUUCAAGAGUGACUAUAACAACUUAUGUGAACCCGAGCAGUUUGCUGUUGUGAUGAGCAAUGUGAAGAGACUACGGCCACGGCUCAGUGCGAUUCUCUUUAAGCUUCAGUUUGAAGAGCAGGUGAACAACAUCAAACCUGACAUCAUGGCUGUCAGUACUGCCUGCGAAGAGAUAAAGAAGAGCAGGAGCUUUAGCAAGUUGCUGGAACUUGUGUUGCUAAUGGGAAACUACAUGAAUGCUGGCUCCCGGAAUGCUCAAACCUUCGGAUUUAACCUUAGCUCUCUCUGUAAACUAAAGGACACAAAAUCAGCAGAUCAGAAAACAACACUACUUCAUUUUCUUGUGCAAAUAUGUGAAGAAAACUACCCUGAUAUCCUCAAUUUUGUGGAUGAUUUGGAACAUUUGGACAAAGCUAGUAAAGUUUCUGUAGAAACGCUGGAAAAGAAUUUGAAGCAGAUGGGAAGGCAGCUUCAACAGCUUGAGAAAGAUUUGAAAAUCUUUCCCCCUCCUGAGGACUUGCAUGAUAAGUUUGUGACAAAGAUGUCCAGCUUUGUUAUCAGUGCAAAAGAACACUAUGAGAAACUUUCAAAAUUACAUGAAAACAUGGACAAGUUAUACCAGAGUAUAAUGGGGUAUUAUGCCAUCGAUGUGAAGAAGGUGUCUGUGGAAGACUUUUUGACUGAUUUGAAUAACUUCAGAACCAUGUUCAUGCAAGCAAUGAAGGAGAAUUUCAAAAAAAGAGAAGCAGAGGAAAAAGAAAAACGUGCCAGGAUAGCCAAAGAAUUGGCAGAGAAGGAAAGACUUGAACGCCAACAAAAGAAAAAGCGCCUGUUAGAAAUGAAGACUGAGGGUGAUGAGACAGGAGUGAUGGAUAGUCUGCUGGAAGCCUUGCAGUCGGGGGCUGCCUUCCGCGACCGAAGGAAAAGGACACCGAAGCCGAAAGAUAUUCGGCGAAGUCUCAGUCCAGCAUCUCGGCCUGUUCUGAAAGUUUGUAACCAUGAAAAUCAGAAGUUGCAGUUGACAGAAGGGUCACAUUCACACUACAAUAUCAAUUGCAGCUCAACAAGGACUGCAGUCACCAAGGAGCUUAAUUAUAAUCUAGACACUCACACGUCUACGGAGAGGAUCAAGGCAGCUGAGAAGAAGGAAGCCUGUAAUGUAGAAAGCAACAGAAAAAAGGAAAUGGAACUUCUUGGCUCUGUUUCUAAAAAUGAAACCAUUCCCGAAGUUGAAGCCCUGCUGGCAAGAUUACGAGCUUUAUAAAUUAAAGUGGUAAAAAUGAUUAAGCCAAAUAUAAAGCCAUGCUCUAAGCUAUGCCACUUGAAAAAAUUGCUUCUUAUAUAAGUGACUUUAUAUGGUUUUAAAUUAUGGUAUAUAUUAGAAAAAUAAAACUCAACACAUGAUUGCAGUGCUUUUCCUAUGUACUUGAGGUCACGGCUUAUUCAAGAUUGUAAUGGGCUUUAAUGCUUUUUUUGUCUCCUGGUGUUCAUGUGUUCUGUAUUUGGUGGUUGAAUUUUUAUAUAGUGCUUUAGAGAGCAGGGAGGUGGCCAUGUGUUCAGCAGUGUGUCCUUAAGAAAAUACCAUCUUCCCAAGUCACUAAUUUUUACUUUAGUAUUUUCCAACGUUAAUGAACAUCAAAUCAUCAACCUCAAGUCUUGCUACAUACCCAUGUAUAUUUCAUUUAUGUUAUUUAUAUAGGCCCAGGUUUCUCUUUAAUUGGUAUCUGUAUGCUAUCAGCGUAGCACAGAAAACAUAGAACUGAAUAUAACAGCUAUGAAGAAAUGAUUGGUAAGCUCAUUAUCAUCAUUGUUGAAUUCAUGUUAAUUAGACCCUGUAGGAGACUAUACAGCAAUUGAACACAGUUCCAAAAAUGAUAAAUAGGAAUAUAUGCUCUCUCUUUGCAAAAUGUACAUGCCUUUGUAUAAGGUGGAUGUACACAGUAUUACGGUGCUGCCGAAACUCUUAGCCGGGAGAGCAAUCCCCCCCGCGCCACCCCGCCCCCACCCGGUAAUUAUGACUCCAGGAUCGAAUUGCCAUUUUGAAACUUCCCAAGUAAGGAAUUUUUUAAUUUCUGUGAACAAACUUGAAAUU